AAGGCGAGUAAUAGCGACCAAUCAUCGAGCCAUUACGGGCUUCAGAGGAAGCUGUUUAUGUGAUUCCUGCACUAAUUAGGCUCAUGAACUAACAAAUCGUUUGCACAACUGGAGAAGAACUGAUCAUAUCCAUGGAUUGUCUGCGGACUAGGUGACCACCUCUUUUGAACACUUUUCCGGCUGUUACGCCUACCUUUCUGUUUCGCUAUUUUUUCCAACUUAAUCAGUGCACCACAAACUCUGAUCGUCUUGGGAGUAUUUUUUUGUACAAGAUCGCCUGUUUCUUUUGCUUCCGCUGGAGGAUCUUAGACUGGAAAACAUGUUUCAACCGACACCCAAGAGGUGCUUUACGAUAGAAUCUUUGGUGGCGAAGGAUAACCCACUACCUGCUUCCAGAUCCGAGGAGCCCAUCCGACCGGCGGCCCUCAGCUAUGCAAACUCCACUCCAAUGAACCCUUUUCUAAACAGCUUUCACUCGACCGGCAGAGGCGUCUAUUCAAACCCAGACUUAGUGUUCGCAGAAGCGGUCUCUCACCCUCCAAACUCGGCCGUCCCGGUUCACCCAGUGCCCCCUCCACAUGCGUUGGCAGCCCAUCCCCUCUCAUCAUCUCACACCCCUCAUCCUCUUUUUGCCAACCAGCAAAGGGACCCGUCAACUUUCUAUCCAUGGCUAAUACAUAGAUAUAGGUAUCUCGGGCACAGAUUUCAAGGUAAUGAAACAAGUCCGGAGAGCUUUCUUUUACAUAAUGCACUGGCGAGAAAACCUAAGAGGAUCCGGACAGCCUUCUCUCCUUCUCAGCUGCUAAGACUGGAGCACGCCUUCGAGAAAAAUCACUACGUGGUGGGAGCCGAAAGGAAACAGCUGGCACAUAGCCUCAGCCUCACCGAAACGCAGGUAAAGGUAUGGUUUCAAAAUCGAAGGACGAAAUUCAAGCGACAGAAAUUAGAAGAAGAAGGUUCAGAUUCUCAGCAGAAAAAAAAAGGGACUCAUCACAUUAAUCGAUGGCGGCUCGCCACCAAGCAGGGAAGCCCCGAGGAAAUAGACGUUACUUCGGACGAUUAAGGACUUGCUGCAUGGCCAGAGGGUCAAGCAACUGCGUUUAAGGGUCGCCAAAAAAAAAACAAACAAACAAAAAAAACAACAACAACAACAACAAAACGACACCGUGGUGUAGCAACAAUAAAAGUCUAAAGACUUCAUCACAAAGCGAUUCUUAUGGAAAGGCGGCAGCUGAUGGCGGAAGAGGUCCAAAAAAAAAAAAAAUGUGGCACUGCUGGCACAACCGGGACAUGGAUCUGUCAAUCAGACUCAAAGCGCCAAGGCAACAUGAUUGACAGGUAUUAUGUUUUUAUGCAGUCCACCUAAAGAAAAUCAUAAAAGAAAUCAGUAAAAAACAA